AUGAGCUGGGUGGAGAAGGAGGCUGUUCUUCGAGUCAUUUUUAUCAACUCAUUUAACCACGAAGAGGAAACUGCAACAUCAGAUAUCAUCACAGUCAGACCUGAACAGGUACAAAGUCUCAGCAGAAUGGCUCUACUGGAUUUCAUGUUAAUUCUUCUGCUUCUGUUUGAAGGUAAACUGGUGUCUCUUUGUGUAUUUGUCAAAAUUUAACUGAAUGUGAUAUUUUUAUAACUCAAACAUGGAGGCCACUGAAACGCCAGUGACCUCUCUGCUCUUUAAAAUGAACCAUCAGUCACUUUCUGCAUCACCACAUCACUUUUUUAAAUGUAGGCAGUUGUUGAAUGAAAAAAAAAAAGAUUUCCAGAGAUAUACUGGUAUGUUUGCCGUGCUCUUAUAUUCAGUUCCUCUUUUCUUUGCAGUGGGCAGCAGUCAAGAACAAAUCCAUCGUUUCUACAAGCCUGGACAGAAUGUGAUCCUACCCUGUGGUCUUCAGUCAUCUCGUGGACCUCAGUGCUCAAACAUCAGAUGGCUUUACAAAAGAGAUUCAUCAGAAACUAAAAAUGUGGUCAGCAAUGGUAAAGUUGACCAGAGUUCACAGCAAGCUGCUCGGCUGAGUGUGAACACAAAUUGCUCUUUGGUUAUAAGACAGGCCACUUCUGAGGACGUUGGUCUCUACACGUGUCGGCCAUUUGAUAAUGAGCGUUUUGAUGUACAUGUGUAUCUCAGCCGUCUGAACAGUAAGUCUCAUAUUUAUGUGCUCUGAGUCCAUAAGUUCAUUUCCUUCCUCACUGCUGUUUGAGACCAAACAUGAGGACCUCUCUCAGUUUGCUAAUGUAUCAUAAUGUGUUGGAUUGGAUCGUCCAAAGAGGCACCAAUCUAAUGGAGCAUUUGUAGAUGCACGUUUAUUUCUGUUAAAAGAAAUCUUUCCUUCAUUUUAGUGAUAGAUUCAUCAAGUUGUGAAAAGUCUAUAUUUUUAGUCUUUCUUACUUAGUUUGUUGUUUUGCAAAUGAAAAAUGAAUGUGAAAAGACACACAGAAACACAUUAGGGUCUUAAAACUCAGUGACAAACUUGCGGCAGAUGUCAAACUUUUCUAUAAACUCAGUUAUUUUCUUCACUUUUCUUUCAGUCUUUUUGUUUGAUCAAACGAGGGAUGUAGUUACGUUAGAGUGCUCUCUACUGAGGUUUGAAGGUCUCCGACAGUGUCGACAAAAUGCUCUCCGCUGGGUGGACGAUACAGGAACAGAGCUGAGGGAAGGUGUCAAAAUGCUGAACAGAGGAGCCGACUGUUUUUCCCGCCUGACUGUGAAGCGUCAGAGCGGCAACAACAGGAGAUAUGUCUGUCAGUAUGUUAACAAGGAAAACCGUUUGGAUAUAGAGGCCGAGUACACACCUGUCUUCACAGGUAGGACCACUUAAAAAGACAGAACUUUGAUAUUUAUUAUUCAAAACGACAUCCAUUUUUAUGAUGUUUUCAUAAGCAAAAAAAAAAAAAAACUUCACAAGUCUUCUUCCUUCUUCCUAAUAGGUACAUUAACCACCCAGGAACAAAACUUCACCACACCAGGCAAACUGAUUUCAUCCACAGGGGGAACCAAAGUCAACACAAAGAGUACAUAUUUAGAAGCUGCUUUGAACUUGUUGUAAUAACUAUAUUGACAUUUUCAAGAACUUUUUGUGAAGUUAAAGUGUAAGGUUUUUUAAAUUUUAUUUUAUUUUCUAUUUUUAUUUAUCUUUAUUUAUCUUUAUUAAAAUAAAGUCCUCUGACCACAGAUCCUGGUUCUGGAACUAUACCUAGGACCACUUCAGGUCAGUGACAGUCCAGUUUAAAAAAAGAUAUAACGACUAAAUUUGACCUUAAACAUUCAAACACCAACACAUGACCACAUGUAAACUACCUUUGGAGUGUUUCAAACUCACCUUUCAAUCUAUAGUUGAUUUGUUUUUCUCUUAAAAAAGACAGAACUUUGAUAUUUGUUAUUCAAAACCACAUCCAUUUUUAUGAUGUUUCCAUAUGCAAAAAACAACAACAACAAAAAAAACUUCAUAAGUCUUCUUCCUCUUUUGUUAUAGGUACAUUUACCACCCAGGAACAAAACUUCACCACACCAGCCAAACUGAUUUCAUCCACAGGGGGAACCAAAGUCAACACAAAGAGUACGUUUUCAGAAGCUGCUUUGAACUUGUUGUAAUAACUAUAUUGACAUUUUCAAGGACUUUUUGUGAAGUUAAAGUUUUUUUUUUUUUGCGCCACCUUCAACAGAUUCCUCUGAGUGGCGUCCUCUGAGCUACAUCAUGCUGACUCUGAGAGUGUUAGAGCUGAUCUGUAUAAGCAUAAUCAUUGUUAAGGUGUACAGACUGAAAGGUGAGAAACAAACACCAUCCUUUAAUAGAACUAGAUCAUCUAAAUCAGAUGUGGCACAUGUGAGACACUUUUGAUCAUUUUCUCCUCAGGGAGCAUCAAACCGCUGAGGAAGGACAGCAGUGUGAGUGUAAUGUACCAGCUCAUGGAGUGACUUUGCUUCUGCUGUGAACUUAGACCCGACAGCUGACGCUCUUUAAACUCUUCUUUUCUGUUUUUUACAGGAGCAUGACGUCAUUGAAUUAAACUAUAAAAACAUAGAAGAACGUCCGUCUGCUGCUGCUCGACACUGAUCAGCUUCAACUCCAACUUUUACUCGCUGCAAAGUCAAAUCUGUAAAUUUGAUGAUCAUGUUUUUUCUGCUCACUUUCACAGAUUUUUACACUUUGAAUUUUACUGAAUUUUACCCUCUAAUGGAAACAUUUUAGCAAAUUAGUUUGAGAUCUGUCUGUUUUGUUCCAAGAUUCCCUAAAUGUUUGGAAGACUUGGUCUAAUGUGUCUCAAGACAUUCAUGAUUCACAGAGGAUGAACCCUCAUUGACAUUGUCAUAAACCGGACUGUAAGCAGAUUUUUCAUCCUGUGCUUUCAGCAGUCUUACACUUCUUGAUUCAACUGUUAAUUGAGAGACUUCAUUGACAUUUUGUAGAUAUUGCAGGUGCCCAGAGGAUGAACCCUCAUAGGACUAUUCUUAAACAUGAUUUUUACUCCGAGCUUUGAGGACUUUUCCACUUUUUUCUCCAUUAAGAAAAGCCAAAAAUCUUUCUUUGUGUGGUUACAUUGACGCUCAGCACUGAUGUUCAGGGUCCCACACUAACAUUGUUACCAGCAGUUUUUCGCUUUUGUGCAUUAAGUUGUCGUACAUUUUUUCUCCAUUAAAGAUUUUUAAAAGAAUUUUAUCAAAAGAUUACACUCACGUUUUUUUUUUGCGUAUAUUCAGGGAAUUCAGAGGAUGAACCCUCAUUAAAAAUUGGUUCAAGCAUGACUUUUAUUUAAGUGCCAUGAAAUAAAAUGAUGGGUGCUCAAAUCUG